AUGUAUUUGUCAACUAUUGUCGUUACAUCCCUAUGGGCAAUCAAUCCGGUGCUAGGAUUAAUCAGUAAAGGAACGUUCCCAGGCUGCUUAGCAAGUGCGUCAACUGAAUCGGGAAUUAAUGGGUUUUCAGUUAAGGUUUACCCGUACCGCAUUAACGACCAAUAUCUGAUGGCUGAUGUAACCUAUAUGUCAUCAGGCUAUAAGCAAAACCCAUCCAUUGCUACAAUUGAUGCAGUUCAGGAUAUCAACUUCCAUUGGGAAUAUGACAGCGAUCCACUUACAAACGAUGUACAUUACGGAAGUCUUUAUAAUGGACCAGUAAUCACCAUGACCAACUUCACUAUGGAACUCACCGCCUACUACUAUGCUUCAGAAGCUGGAGAGUACACAUUUGACUUAACUAUUAUUGACGAUUCUGCUGCUGUAUUUAUCGGUGACGGAUCUGCUUUUGAUUGUUGCAACGACGCACCAACAGCUACACCUUCUAAAUAUUCAAUCUUCACUUUAAAGCCUUGGGAUGGAGAAACUGCAAAAACUCUGGUUACAGUGACCUUAGAAGCCAAUAAUUUCUAUCCUAUGCGUAUUGUUUAUGUCAACUCUCUUGGAAUGGGAGGUAUGAAUUUUUUUGCAAAUAAACCAAAUGGUGUCAAGGUUCCUGUACUGGAUGAUGCACAUAUUUAUCCUUUUGGAAAAUCGUGUCCAUUAUCCCCAGCUGCAUCAUCUAUUAAACCUUUCUCGUCCAUUGAACCUUCCAUAUCAGUCGAUCCAUCUUCAUCUGUUGAGCCAUCUUUAUCUGUUGAAACAUCAUCUUCCGCUAAACCAGAACCAACCGCAAUAGGUUGCCCUUCAAGUGUGUCUGCAUCAGGGGAGAAUGGUUUCAGAGUAAAAGUUUAUGCGUAUGAAAUUAUGGAUCAAUUCCUGAUGGCUGACCUUGAUUAUGUGUCCACUGGUUACAAAGAUAAAGGUGUGCUCGAUACCAUUGAUGUUGUCAAAGAUAUCAAUUUUGUUUGGAUUUAUGAACCGGAACCUGCAACUGGCGAUGUCCACGAAGAUAAAUUAUAUGGUGGUCCGACUAUUACGAUGACAAAUUUUACAAUGGAGCUCACAGGUUAUUACCUUACUUCUGAAGCGGGUACAUACAACUUUGAUUUGGCUGUUAUUGAUGACUCGGCCGCUGUCUUUAUUGGAGAUGGUGCCGCAUUCGACUGUUGCCAAAAUCUGCCAACAAGGAACCCCUCUGACUACUCCAUCUUCACAAAAAAAGAUUGGCAUGGUGACAAUGGAAAAACUAAUGCAGAAGUGACUUUAGCAGCUAACACAUACUAUCCUAUACGUAUUAUCUAUACUAAUGCUGUUGGUAUGGGUGUUAUGCGUUUCUUCGUUACAAAACCAAAUGGUGAGACAGUCACUGUACUGUCAGAUACAUAUGUAUUCGAUUCGUUUGGAGAUGAUUGUCCAGUACCAUCGUCUUCUUCUUCUUUUGAGCCAUCUUCAUCCGUUGAGCCAACUUCAUCUGUGGAACCUUCAUCAUCCGUGGAAUCAUCUUCAUCCGUUGAGCCUUCUUCAUCUGAGGAAUCAUCUUCAUCUGUGGAAUCAUCUUCAUCCGUAGAAUCAUCUUCAUCCGUAGAAUCAUCUUCAUCCGGGGAAACUUCGUCGUCCGCUGAACCAUCAUCAUCUGUGGAACCAUCAUCAUCUGUGGAACCAUCAUCAUCCGUUGAACCAUCUUCAUCCGUUGGACAAUCUUCGUCCAGAGACCCUCUAGACCCUACGUGUACUGGUUCUGCUACGUCUGUAAGUUUCUCUUCAAAUGUUCCUGAAACAUCAGAAUCUGUUACAACUGAGAUUCAAACGACGGUCAUCACCAUCACUUCAUGUUCAGCUAAUAAGUGUACUGAGAUCCCGGUCACAACCGGGGAUACAGUUGUAACUACCACCGUGGAUUCUAUCACGUCUACUUACACUACGUAUUGUCCAUUGUCUAGCAGUGUUGAAAGUUCGGUCGAUAUGACUCGGACUUCUACUGUCAUAGUCACUGUCACUAGUUGCACAAAUGGAAAAUGUUCUAUAGUACCAAAAGAAACAGGACAAGUUGUGGUGGUUUCCACAGUAUCCGGUUCUGGUAUUUUCUCCUACACAACAAAUUGCCCACUUGACGACUCGACAUCAGAUUUCCUAUCUACAACUACAAUCACUUCAACUUCCAUUACAUCAAAAGAAAAUGUCAGAUCUACCUUCGUAACAACUACCAAUUCUAUUUCUACUCCAUACGGAGAUAAUGUGUCAAGCGAAGUACCUUUCAAUUCUCCUUCUGGUGCUUCUCCUUCUGGUGCUUCUCCUUCUGGUGCUUCUCCUUCUGGUUCUUAUCCUUCCGCUAUCCCAACUGAGAACUCAUCAAGGAGAUUGGCUGUAUCAUUCUUUUCACUUCUAACAGUAAUGUCUGUUGUACUCUUUGUUUAA